AUAUCCAAGGACAAUUUCAAACGGAAUAGGGCAGCUCUGCUUGCACGCCGAGCCCUUUUUACAUAUAAAAAAGAACAUCCACGUGCGGCCAAAAAAUGUUAAAAAUAUUUAAGAAAUAAAUAAACAAAUCCCAACAUAGUUUUGGAGAAGAUUCAUAAAUGUUGCUCAAAUGUAGAGAUCCCACAGGGAUUUUAAUUAAAGAGCGUAAUUAUGUGGAAUUAGGUUAAACACACUACAAAUUAUCCCAAUAAAUAAAACAACGUAAAUAAGAAACAAAAUGAAAGCAAAAAAAAAAAAAAAAAGUGUUUUUACAUCUCAACACACAGACUGCCCCUUUAGAAAAACGACAUGUAUAAUCACAGGCACCUCAUAAAACAUUUAUUGAUGCAAUAUUGCUCUCCUUUGAAUGAAUACAAUAAUUUCAGCCACCGCUGUUUCCUCCCUGAACUUCAGAAAAUGAAACCAAGCCGUUAUGAAACAGAGUAUAACAUAAUAUAUGCUUCCUUGGCAAAUAUUAACAAUGCAUACACCACAUUGUGAACGGAAACGGCUUCUGGUACUUUACAGCGUGUUAUUACAUCUCUUUUACGAGGACUUUGUAAGUCUAUAAAGAGCUUUACAGCCAUUGAGGGUAUGACAGGGCCAUGUUAUAAGAGUUUUCUUAGACAUGAAAGGGAAAUUGUUGUUUAUCUUAAACUUAGAUAUUUUAAUGUUUUCUGAUUGCUUAGAAUAUGUAUUUACCAUUUUUGUAUUCCAUUACUUUGUGUUAUUUCCUGCAAUGAAAGUCUAAAUUCAACCAGAUGAAAAAAGGGGGAGGAUUGAUUCACUGGCUGUAUUGGUAAAUAUGACCACGUGAUCCAUGCAACCAAUCCCUGCAAGAUGCAGGCCAGCAAAAAUACUAUGAUUGUUCAUAGAGGGAAGCUUCGCGUUAACAGCGCGACUCUUUUUAUAUGAGUAAGGAAGGGAUGGAAAAAUGUCUUCCAGCGGCGCUCUCGGUAACUGCUUUGUGGAUGCUGUGAUGGGACAAGAGCCGGAGGAGCUGUACGGGGCUCGCUUCAUCCAGUCCCCGCACACCAUGACCCCGAGGCCGCCGCCAGGUGCCGGGGACAGCGCAGACUUCUCCUCCUGCAGCUUUUCACCAAAGUCCGCCGUUUUCUCGCCAUCCUGGUCCUCGAUGCACCCUCAGGGACUUUAUCACCCCUAUGUCCACCAUCAUCACCACCACCACCAGUCCCAUCUGCCCGCUUCGGACAGCAGAUACGUCGGCGUGCGCUCCUGGAUGGACCCCAUUUCCAACCACGUUUCCUUUGCCGGGUUCCACACCUCCGGGAGCAGACCGUAUGGGACCAAGCCGGAGCUCCUCUUGCCCGGGAAGCCUGCAGGAUGUGACCUGCUGGAGGAGACCGAAGCUAGGGCCAGGGCUGAGGCGCGACCCGUGGCCGCGGAGUUCUCCUGUGGAGGUGCAGAUUGUCCGGAAAAGGCGAGCAGGGAGCAAAGUGGAAGCGAGGCUUCGAGUCACGGCGAGCCCAAAGACGAGAAGCAACAACAACUUGACCCAAACAAUCCUGCUGCAAACUGGAUCCACGCCCGCUCAACGAGAAAGAAGCGCUGCCCCUACACUAAAUAUCAGACUUUAGAGCUGGAGAAAGAGUUUCUCUACAACAUGUAUCUGACAAGGGACCGGCGCUACGAGGUGGCCCGCAUACUCAGUUUAACGGAGAGACAAGUGAAGAUCUGGUUCCAGAACCGGAGGAUGAAGAUGAAGAAGAUGAACAGAGAGAGGAGCGGCAAGGAGAUCAUUUAAUCUCCUUUUUUUGUUGCAACAACAAAGCCGAUCUGAACUUGCCAUCUGAUUUAUUUUGUGCAGCCUUUUUUUAGAUGGGCCUUUGAUUGUAACUGGCAGCAUCAUCGGACACAUAUGCAUCACAUAUGACGAAUGAGAUCCAGGCCGGAUCAUUUAAAGCCAUGCAAACUGGUUUUAAUUUCUUUUUAACCUCAUCAGAUGCAGACUGGGACGUUGAUGCGACAUGAAACGUACCAUUGUGUGUGUGUGUGUGUGUAUUCACGCUAUUUUUUAGAUGUGGAGUAAAAUAUUUCCACUGCAGCAAGACCUUUUGACUGCUCUGUGAGCGAGCACACACACACUCGUCUGUGAUCUGUGCGACGGGAGAUAUAAAUGAUUAAUGUUUACAGAACAAAAAAGGCGUGUGUGCAGCUUCUUUUACUGAGAAGGUGCGAUAUAUGCGGAAAAGACUUAUUCCGUAUUUUUAAUUUACAUAAAUAAAAACUUCCUUAGGAUUUUUAUGUCAGUUAUUAGAUUUGUUUCCAUCAAAAUUAUUAGGCAUUGCUUUCUGACGUACAGUAAGAUGAGUUCAAAUUUAAAAUUUGUUCUAAUAUUGACGAUUUUAAACAGCGAAUAUUUAAUGAGUAAUAAAGUGUUUAUUAUUAUUGGGAGAGGGUGUUUUCGACGGAUUUUCAAUUUAUUGUCCAACUUGCAUCAGGAAUUGCUUUAAAGCAGGAAGAAGCACGGUCCAAUAAAGCUAUAGAAAUGCCCAGACGUCUGGCCUAAAUUAGUUUAUGGGGCCUGCUCGGUAAUUGCACUCUCUCUUUGAAAACCCCUAUCAGCUUCUACUUGGGCUUUUUGGGUCUGUUGCUGACAAACAGAAGGUAUAGACACUCUUUUUUUCACCAGGCUGUCUGGACGAUGAAUUGUUUAGAGGAAAUCACACUCAAAACCCUCCCCUAACUUAAUGGUCAGGUUUAUUCAUCAACUACACUUCCCAAUGAUGGGAAAAACUUCACUUUGACUGCAUGGAGCGCAGUGCGGCCCCUCAAUCUGAAGGCUCCAAUCUGGACUGAAAUGUUAAACCACACCAGGUGCCCCUGCGUUUACAUCCGCGUUGGAUAUUUGCAUUUAUGCAUUGUUGCUCUUAAACGUACUUAAAUGUUUAGAAGCAAACUUCAACUAAAACUGAGCCCUGAAGGAUACAGUUUAAAAUGUAAUCUUUCAACGUCAUUGAAGCACUUUUAAGAAGGAACAUUUUACCGCUAGAGGGCGAUGUUGGUCUUUAAGUGUAGUUGAUUUUAAGGAACAAUGUCGAGAUAUGCAGUGCCCUCAUGCAUGCGUGCAGUGAUCUGUAAGCCAAACACGUCCGUCCAGAUGUAGGGUUGCACACGUUUUUAAAGUUGCACAGUUUAAAUCAUCGCUUCAUAUAUUUAAUUUGCUUUUUAAAAAUUAGAUCAGCUGAUUUGGAAACAGCAUCCAGACCUCCAACCUCCAUGUUACUGCAGAAUGUCACACAUCUGCACACAGAGGCGGCCGGUUUUAGUUGUUGGAAAAUAAAGCAGCUUACUGAAGUCAGCAGGAGCAUGCAGGAAGCUCUUAUCUAUUUGCCGGAAUUAUAUUUCACCAGAGAAUAAAAAUGUCCCAAUUAAAUCCUAACACUCGUUUUCCUGCUCCAGCAAAAAGCGGUUUGUUGCUGUGUUAUCCGUGCAGAUGAAAACACUUAAAGCUCGAUGUGACCUUUAUGCAAAUGUAAAGCAAAAGUGAGCAGCUUCAGAACAGAAACUCAAGUCAUCCACUAAUUAUUUUAUUUAAAUUUUCCAGUCAUUUUAAUAUUAGAAGCCAUUUCACUGAUAAAUUGAACAGCAGUAAUUCAGUACAUAAAAACAGAAUAUUUAAACUGCUAUAUAUGACAGUUCUCCUAAAUAAAUAUUUUACAGAAAGAUGUUGUCAGCAUGCGUAAAAAUCCCGAAGAAUGCUAAGUAAUCCAAACUGUUCCAAUCAAGAACAGCAGCCUAUUUUAUUUCAAGAUGGAGUGCUGGCUGUUUGUUUCUUGAAAGUUAAUAUUACUGUACUUUAAAUUAUAAUAGCUCAACAUUUGUCCAGCAUGCUCACUAGAUCGACAGUACUUCCAUGUAAACAGAUUUUACAUCACAGAACUGACAAAAUAGCUAAAUUUACAGUAAAUUCCAAAACUUACUUAGACAAUUAAAAACAACUGUUGUGAGAAGAGCCAGCCCAAGGCAUAAGUGAGCUAAGCACUCAUAUGGGGCUCGGAAAUCUACAGAAGCCAGAUAAGAGCACUAAAAUUGUCACACAAAUCAAGUUUACAGGUAUAUUCUAUUCAGCAUUAAUUGUGUAAAACCAUUCUUGAUGUUUUGGUUUUUAUCUUAUCUAAAUCAGUGAGAAUCUGACUGUAAAGACUUUUUCUGUUGAAAUAUUUUGUCUCUGAACAGAUUAAUGUUUUAGAUGAAUGCCUUCUGUUUGUAAAUGCUCCUCCGCUCAACUGCAAAGGCAGAGACAAACAGUAAGUGUUGUUGCAUAAAUGACAUGUAAGAGUUAUUAGUUGGGCUGUGUUAACUGAUAGUAACAGAAACUUGCACAACCUCAGGCCAGGUUUGGUUGUGAAUACGGCAAUUUUACUGUUAAAACAAGAAAGAUUGUUCACAGUGAACAAAUAAAAGUUUCCCUUGAA